UGACGCUCGCGAGAUCCGACUAUCUGAAGUAAUUCCUCGGCUCUAACCCCCUCCUUUCCCAUUUUUCCACAGCCUUAGACUGUGUCCUCGACGCGUAUCGCUUUCCAUUUUUACCCUCUCUUCGUAUAUUAUCGUGGAUUUUCAUCUCUCGACUUUGAACAUGUGAACUCGGUAAAAACACGAUCAUCGAAUAGGUUGUUAGUGGACAGUGUCAAAACUUCCGUGAUUGUGGAGGCGGACAUUAGUCUGGCCAAGAGAGACAAAGUGACAAGCCAUGAGAGUGCGGUAAAGAGGGAAGCAAGGAGAGUGUGUCGUUUACAAACCAAAGGGGUGGGGGACGAACAGUAUGUAUUUCGAAGAGGGAAACGGAUCAUGUACAUUCUUGGCGAACCUUUUUAUCGAACUUCGGUCGUAUAAACGAGUUUAUCAGACGUGAGAUAGUAUCGAAGUUGUGCAUCGUCACUUGUAGUGUGGAUAUCGUAGUGGUUUUCAUUGCCGCGUAAACGUCGCGGAACGCGACAGAUGCGUGAAUGGAAAAAAGUGCUUUUGUGUACGGGGAAGCAUGUGGAACAUCCUGAAACAAGAUGUGGAUUGCUAAAGAUUGCGCUUGUUAUGCACAGGGUCUGUGACAAUGCGGGAGAAGAAAGGAGGUGCUCUUAGCAGAGUACAAAAACUGAAAAAACGACUUAGCCAUAGUUUUGGGAGACUUUCAAUAUCAAAAGAAGAGGCUGAUGAUGCUGCAAACAGGGGUCAACUGCCAUAUAAUGGCUAUUCUGAGGAGUUCCUAGACCGUUUAGAACCAAACGGCAACAUACCUGCAGAUAAGGAUCGCCGUUAUGAAUGGACAGGUGUGGGCGACCAUGAGAGAGUGCAUCGGCAGCUUUCCGUUUCUAGUGAUUCCAAGCUUCUUGAUGAGGAUAUACGCGAAGAAGCUAGAGUAAUCUUACGACCUCGGCGUCCACCACGACCCAAGUCGGAGGUCUUCCUUGGGCCGGAUCCACCUCCUAGAAGAACCAAGAGAUUUUCAGCUUUUGGGGGAGAUUCUCCUUUUGGUAAAUCUGAAGCUUAUAUAAAAUUGGAACAAUUAGGAGAAGGAUCAUAUGCCACAGUGUUCAAAGGCUAUAGUCACCUUACAAAUCAAGUUGUGGCACUUAAAGAAAUUAGACUGCAAGAAGAAGAAGGUGCUCCAUUUACUGCUAUUCGCGAGGCAAGCCUUCUUAAAGAAUUGAAGCAUAGCAAUAUCGUUACCUUACAUGAUAUAAUUCAUACACGCGAAACUCUUACUUUUGUUUUUGAAUAUGUUCAUACCGAUUUGUCUCAAUACAUGGAAAGGUAUGGAAGUGGCAAUGGAGGUUUAGAUCCUCGAAAUGUUAAAUUGUUUUUAUUUCAACUAUUAAGAGGAUUGGCAUAUUGCCACCGCAGGAGAGUAUUACAUAGGGAUGUGAAGCCACAAAAUUUGUUAAUCAGUGAAAUUGGAGAAUUAAAGUUAGCAGAUUUCGGUUUAGCAAGAGCUAAAUCUGUACCAUCGCAUACGUAUUCUCAUGAAGUUGUUACUUUAUGGUACAGGCCACCUGAUGUUCUUUUGGGUUCUACAGAGUAUUCUACCUCACUUGAUAUGUGGGGAGUAGGUUGCAUAUUUAUGGAGAUGUUGACUGGUGAACCAACAUUCCCAGGUGUACGCUGUACGUUCGACCAACUUCAUAAGAUAUUCAAAGUAUUGGGUACUCCUACUGAAGAAACUUGGCCUGGUGUCUCGCACCUGCCAGGAUACAAACCACAUAGACUGGGAUUCUAUCCUCCACGAAAAUUGGGUCUUUCAUUUCCUAGACUCUAUGAUAUUGCUGAAGCUGAUAGUAUGGCAUCGUCGCUUCUACAGUUAAAUCCUGAUCAACGGAUAGGAGCUGAAGAAGCAUUAAGGCAUCCUUAUUUUGCCUCUCUUCCUAGAAAACUAUACGAGUUGCCUGAUGAAGUAUCGAUAUUUAGCGUUGAAGGUUGUCAUUUGUAUACAAAUUCGAGGCACGGGUGUGCAGAUUCGCGUCAUACAGCUCUUAAGACUUGAGGUUAAAAGCAAACAUAAAAAGAAGUAAAUGAUAAGUAACUCCCAAAUUCACAUGUUCAAUGAAACGUUCAUUCUCAUGCAGAUCAGAUUCACACGGGCAUCCUGCCUUCACUCAUCUACACAUUGUUUCCACGCGCGUCGUUCGCUCUUUCUCAGGGCUGUUCUACAAAUUCCAAUCAUUCUUCACGAUACACAUACCAACACACGCGUAUUACAUAGUUAUGACAUUCAUAUUUUUUUUUCUUUUCCCGUUAUGUUUUAAGACUAGGGCACGUAUCAAAUGAAUUAACGAAGAUAAAUUAUAACUUGCGAAUAAAACACGAAAGUAAGCUAUCUGUGGCUAAAUGAAGUAAAACGAUUUUAUGAGACUCGCACGCUCGAUUUAGAAAGCAAAAGCACGCACGACCCAUCCUCGCACUUCGUCCAAAUAUUAGAUUUAGAUUGAUACCAAUCAAAAAAAAAAAGAAGGAAGUACUACACCGCCUUGUGUCUCUUGAUUCCAGUUUGAGUAAUAUCUGGAGAUGGCGGUUACUGGCUAGAGAAAAUAUAAUAAAACAAUUAUAACUUAGAAAAAUUCUGGAAGAUCUGUAAUACUUUAUAUAAAUUUUAUGCUGUUUUUGACUCUACCGUUGGUUGCUGAGACAAUUGAAUAUAUUGGUAUGUAACGAAAAAUCAUUGUUCGAAUUAAACUAGUUGUUAAUAUAUGACGUGAUGAUAGGAAAUAAAUAGAAAUAUAAGAAAAUAGGAUAUCAGUACGAAUCAAGUGUCGUAGCCACCAACACCACAAAACACGGCAAGACUAACGAAAAGCUUAUCGUUGAUAGUAUCGACGGUAGCGAUCUAGUUGUAAGAAUUAAUAUUAGCAUGCUAGCGUCGAUCGAAGUUCAUUAUCGACAUUUACAAAGUAGUAUCUAUCAGUGAUAGUAAAUCAAGGAACGAAGUAAUAAUUUUAGCCUUAAUCAAAUCCAAUUUGUUCAAUCGCUCAUGUAUUAACGGCCAAUGGUGCUUGAACGAAUUGUAGGGACAAAAUGUUAAUAAUUUCGUAUUAGUUAUUUAGAAGGAUCGUUUGGCUAAUCUUGUUUUUAAAUGGUUUUUCUAAAUCAUAUAUCUAAACGAACCAACUUUAAUAACGUUGCAAUAGUAAUAUAGGAUAACGUAAAACAGUGUUACAGUCCUUCCAAGUUUUCUCUAAGCUACGAUGAUUAUUACGGUAAAUAUUACUUCUUUAGUAGUUACAUUUAUACCAAUUUUUCAGCACACUUAUAAAAAUAUCAACGAGGCAAAAGCAAAAAAAAAAUUAAAAAAAUAUUUCGAAAAUAUUUGAGACACGUUAUUACUACUAUUAUUACUUAUUAAAAUUAUUAUUUGAAAAAAGACGCGCAGAAGGUAGAUUGUAUAUAGAACACCAGGUUCGUAUUAUUGAUGAUGCUGAGAUAGCUGAGCUGAGACUAAUAAAUGUGACUUUGUAAUAAAUGAAAGCGUAGUUCGGUACACUUUAUAGAUCCUGUUCUUCGUUUGAUUUUCCAUGUUCAAACAGUCUACAGAAUCAUUUAGAUUUUUAAGUGUAACAUAAUGCAAAACCACUUGUAUCUGUAAUACUUAUUCUGCUUAAGUAUUGAUUUUAUAUACAUUUAUUUCCUUAUAAUUAUAUUUUAUUUGUAAUUUUUCUAAGGAAUCAUUGAUAUUCAAAUUGCUUCAAACUUGUACUGAGAAAGAUAAAGAACUAUGUUUUUGAA